AUGCCAGUGCCCGCCACCGAUGCUGAGUCAGACGCAGGUAUCCCGAAAUCCCUCUCUGAUGAGCGGCUCUCGGAGGCCAUGGAGGAGCUCGAGCACACGUGCCCCCAGCCCCGCCUGACUCUGACAGCACCUGCUCCAUUUGCGGAUGAAACAAGCUGUCAGUGCCAAGCGCCCCAUGAGAAGCUAACUAUUGCACAGGCCCGCCUGGGAACACCAGUUGACAGACCUGUCAGAGUGUAUGCAGAUGGGAUAUUUGACCUCUUCCAUUCUGGCCAUGCUAGAGCUCUUAUGCAAGCCAAAACUCUGUUUCCAAAUAGCUACUUAUUAGUAGGAGUUUGCAGUGAUGAUUUAACUCAUAAAUUCAAAGGCUUCACUGUGAUGAAUGAAACUGAGCGAUAUGAAGCCCUCAGACACUGUCGCUAUGUAGAUGAGGUCAUCAGAGAUGCACCCUGGACACUGACACCAGAGUUCCUUGAAAAACAUAAGAUUGACUUUGUAGCCCAUGAUGAUAUCCCAUACUCCUCUGCUGGCUCAGAUGAUGUAUACAAACAUAUAAAAGAGGCAGGAAUGUUCGUACCAACACAAAGAACUGAAGGUAUCUCAACAUCAGAUAUCAUCACACGGAUUGUCCGUGAUUACGACGUUUAUGCCCGACGCAACCUCCAAAGAGGAUACACCGCCAAAGAGCUGAAUGUUAGUUUUAUAAAUGAGAAGAAAUACCGAUUUCAAAACCAAGUGGACAAAAUGAAAGAAAAGGUCAAGAAUGUAGAGGAAAAAUCAAAGGAAUUUGUUAACAAGGUGGAAGAGAAAAGCCAUGACCUCAUUCAGAAAUGGGAAGAAAAGUCCAGGGAAUUUAUUGGCAACUUCUUAGAGCUGUUUGGACCAGAUGGAGCUUGGAAGCAGAUGUUCCAGGAACGAAGUGGUCGAAUGCUCCAGGCUUUCUCUCCAAGACAGAGCCCAACUAGCAGCCCUACGCGAGGCCGCUCUCCAUCCCGUUCUCCAUCUCCACCUGUUCCUUGGCUCUUCAAUAAAGCCUCCCCUCCCUCCUCUCCAAAAGCUGCCUCUGCCUCCCUCAGCAGCAUGAGCGAGGGAGAUGAGGAUGAAAAGUAA